AUUGCAAGAUUUAAUAACAACAUUGUGCCUUAUAUAUACUAUUGAUUACUAUAAAUAUUUAUGAGGACCAUUAAAAGUGCAAUAAACUGCUAUAUUAGCAAUUAAACAAAGAAAUUGCACACAUCUUGUAUAUCCUAUAUAUCUAUAUUGACUAUGUACCAUACUACUGUGUUUCCACCACAAAUAAUGGUACAAAUGAUGAGUGGACAGCAAACAGGUGGACAUUGUCUACCAUUGCAAGCUCAUACGUUGCGUAUUAAUGGCAUAAAUGGAUUGCCUCAAAUUGAUUUUACACAAUAUAGUUCAGAUAUUUCUAGGCAUAACAGACCUCAAACAAUACAGACAGAAUCUCAGCCAAUGCAAUUCUUACAACAUGUGGGAGUUAAAAUGUCACCAGUACAACGUAUAGAAUAUACACUACCAAAUAAUAAUAAUUCAUCUGCUGCAACUUGGGAGAGACGAAUGAGUACAUCCAACAAUACUUCAAUUAUUUCAUCGUCAAAUUAUAGUUUCAAACCUGCAACUACUAAUUCAUUAAAAAAACCGAGUUGGAAUAAUAGAAAUGGUAGACGAAGUACAUAUAAAAAUUCUUAUUCCAAGUAUGAGACAUAUAACAGUGACAGUGGAUUUAGUUCUCGUUCACCAACACCAAAUAAAUACCAUAUUGACAAUAGUCUUACAGAGAGUUCAGAUGAAAAAGAUUCCACAAGUUCAUCAAGAGGACAAGAAAUAAAGAAAUAUCAUAGGAUACAUUCAGAUAAUAGAAUAAUCAACAAACCAAUAAAUGGGUUAAUUUCAAGUGCAUCUGCUCAUCAGUUUUAUCAAAAUCAACGACCUAUCAAUUAUUACAAUAAUAGUGUCUCCACCUCUAGAUCUCAUGCUCAAAAUUAUCAGAAUAGAAGAAAGUAUUUAUCAAGUAGGAGUGAAAAUGCUCAAAGAUUUCUAAGAAAUCGUAAAUUUCCGGAAUUUUUAUUGCCGAAUCACAAUGUGGUUUCCAAAUGUAUUACAGCUCCUGAUAGAUAUUUUGCUAAUUCUCAUUUGAUGGAAGUAACUUCUGUACCAAAGAAUAUUAUGACUGGAUCAAAAUGGGAUAAUCUGUCACAAAAAAUUUGGUCGAAAUUUAUAUUAAAUCAACAAACUGAAGUUACUUAUAAAAAUAAAAUGAUGCUGUGGAAAAGUCUUUAUGUUUACAUUAAGAGUCAAUAUCCAAAAUAUGGUUUAUUUUUGGUUGGUUCAACAAUGAAUGGAUUUGGAUCGGAUAAUAGCGACGUCGACAUGUGUCUUUUAGUGAGACAUACAGAAAUGGAUCAAAAACAUGAGGCUAUAGAGCAUUUAGAACAAAUACUAAAAUAUCUUAAAAAAUGUGAUUUCAUUGAUCAGCUCGAACUUAUACAUGCAAAAGUACCUAUUAUAAAAUUUCGUGAUACAAUACAAAACUUGAAAGUUGAUCUUAAUUGUAAUAAUGCUGUUGGUAUUAGGAAUACACAAUUGCUGUAUUGUUAUUCAAAACUUGAUUGGAGGGUAAGACCAUUAGUACUUGUUAUAAAACUUUGGGCUCAACAUCAUGAUAUUAAUAAUGCAAAAGAUAUGACAAUAUCUAGUUAUUCUUUAGUUCUCAUGGUCAUACACUUUUUACAAUGUGGUGUCAAUCCUCCAGUUCUGCCAUGCUUACAUUCGAUAUUUGAAGACAAGUUUAGCCCACAUAUAGAUAUUCAUAGUAUCGACAUUCAUGAGGAUUUAAAAAUUCCAUCUUCGACUCGUUUACCUGAAAAUAAUCAGUCUCUUGGAGAAUUACUUGUAGAAUUUUUCAGAUAUUACGACAAAUUUGAUUUCAGGCAAUAUGCGAUAUCUGUACGCUUAGCAAAAAAAAUACCAAUUGAAGAAUGUCGUAUGGUGCAAUCCCUCAAAAACGAUCCUCGUCAAUGGAAAUAUUUAUGUAUUGAAGAGCCAUUUGAUCUGACUAACACAGCUAGAUCAGUUUAUGAUCAGGUUACAUUUUUAAGAAUUCAACAGUUAAUUGAAAGAGCACACAAAAAACUGCAGGAAAAACAUGAUCUAAAUCCUAUAUUUGACGAAAUAUGCGCUGAUGAUCCCAUGACAUUUUACUUAAGCGGUGAAUAUUGGUGAACCUGUUUUAAUCGAACCAAAGGCAUUUUGUUAAAUGCUGAUAGCUUAAUGAUCUGAUGAUCUAAAACAAUAUAAAAGGAAGAUUGAACGAAAUGAAAUAAGACUGCCAAGAUCGUCUUGUAUGCUUAGCUUAGUACCUUGUAAUAUUAAGCUUUAUUUUUUAAAACAACUUAUAUUAGCAAGGUAUACAAAGUGAAACAUGAUAAAACAUGUUUAUUAAAUUACUUGUCUGUAAGUAAUAGACUUUCAAGUAAUCCUCCAUCAAAUUUUAUAUUUUUCUUUUUGGAGGAUUUUAAAAUCAUUAAUUAUAUAACAUCUUUAAAAAAGACAGUGUCUUUAUUAACAUGCAAAAAUAUUUCAUUUUGAUAUAAUGUAUUGCGAAUGCACGGGUAUCGUUCCUACAUACGGGUAUCGUUCGUAUAUAAAUGCAAAACUUCCAAUACGUGCAAUAAUAAUAAAGUCUGAUUUAUACUUAAAGCUACAAUUAAUCAGGCUUACUUGGAUCUCUCUAAAUCUUUAAUGAGAAUCAUGAAAUUAAUUAAAUACCUCUACUCUGAUAAUUAGUUAUAUUCAUGUAUGAUAACAUCAUAGUGAUUACUAUCAUAUCAAAAUUAUUCAACAUUGUCUUCCCAAUAUAUAUUACUCAUUACCCUAAAUAUAAGUCUUUCACGUAAUAUCAACAAAUUUAAAAUAUAUAGUGCCUUGUAGCUAUUUUGAUUACUGUUAAUACAAAUAUAUACUACAGGAUACAUCUACAAUGAUUAGAUAUAAAAGGAGAAAUAAAGGAAAUAAGGGUAAUGAAA